AAUAGCCUGACACGUGUCAACUUUUUAGCGAAAAACCGGCGAUCCCCAUGGUGGCAAUUUCGUAAUUCCAUCCAUGCCACAACCCAUUUCAUAUUCGAAGCUCGGCUCUCUUCCUCUUCUUCUUCAGACUCAGUACUUUCCUUGCUGUGAGAUAGAUAGCGAAAAGUCACUCUGAGACCUAAACCGAAACUCUACAGACGACGUUGCUUAAUACACUUCUGUCUCCACUGGACCUGGUUUCGCCGGAAAUUCAACUCCUCAAACCUCAAUUUAGGUGGAUAUCUGGGAUCAAUUGCGAAAUGGGUGUUGAUACAAAGCUGUACAGGAAUGGAGUGGAAGGAGAGUUUAUUAUCGAACAAAAUCAAAUUGAAGUGAGAUGGUGAGUUGGGUAGGAGGAGGAGGAAUCUCAGAAUUAACAUAAUCCAAUAACUGGAAUUGUCAUUGUUCUUAUCCAAUUGCGAACAGAAGACGAUUCGAUGGUCUCGUGCACUGAAGCUCUCUAGUUGUGUUGAUUUGUUUUGUUUUCUUCUCGCUUUUACCAAAAAAGAGGUGUUGGGGUUUUGUGCAACUGGAAUUUACAGGUUACCGGUACAUUUUCUGUUGAAAAAAGCCACGAGUAAUCUUAUUUUAGGGCCAAGUCGAGGUUUGUCAGCUACUGUAACGGCCAUGGAUGGAUGUUAUGGUACUGUUUAGUAUUCCUUGUCUGCUUGGCUGCAGAAAGCAUCAAACUUUCUGAUUGCUGCAAGAUUUUUUCCUUUUGACCUAAAGCAAUUACCUUUGCAUCGUGGAAGAUUUUAAUAAGUCUUCAAUUGGAAAAUUUAGGGCUUCUUUUAGGUUUGAUGUAGAUGAUGAAGUGUUGAGGUAGGUAGAGGGGGUGGCCAUAAAUCUGGCCUACUUGGAUCUGGCACACUAACAUGACCAGAGCUGAAUUUUCUUUUCUUCUUGGUCGACAAACAUAAAAAACGAAUAGACAGCCUCAGGUGAAGACCCAAAAACAGAGAACGAAGGAAAGGUCAGAUAUUUACUGUCCUUGGAGCCAAGAUCACCUCUGAUUUCUGUCUAUCUCAUUUCUUGGUUUUUUACUCUUGGAUUGGUUGAUUUUGACUCUUUGAUUCCUUGACCUCAAAAGUGCGCAAAAGAAUUAGAUUACUACAUGUAUUGAUUGUUAAGCACCAGUUAGCUGCCAUUUUGGCUCUACAAUUUAUUGCUGGGUUAAUUUGCUCGUCUUUAACCGGAUAAAACCUUAUUAUUUAAUUUAUGAGUACCUAAUUGAAAGCUUUACUUGAUCGCAAUUUCUUAUUUCUGUGCAACCUGUCCUCGAUGUAUGGGAGCUACAAGGACCUGCUAUUUUCUCUUAAACUUUGAUUGAUUGUUGUAGUUUUGAGAAUAAUCAGGAAGCCAAAGAUGCAUGCUAGGCACCGAAGUCCUGGAAAUGGGUACAGGUCUAGUUCGAUGGGGAUGGGUGCCUCGAGGAUAUCCCCAGAUACCUCAGCCAGAGGCUAUGGCUUUUACAAUUCUGAAUACAGAAGCUUCAAUAAUCGGGGCUUUGGCCGUGGCCAGGUUCAGCCCAAAUCUUUUCAACAGCCACCUCAGCCACCAACACGCAAAGGAGAUAUUUUGAUGGAAGCGGGUAGACUUGCAGCUGAAUAUUUAGUGUCCAAGGGAUUGUUACCUGAGAAUGCACUUUCUGGUAAGUGGCAGAAUGGUAGUUUAAGGAAGCAAGCUGGAGACUAUCAGGAUUUUAGGGUACAAGAGGACUUUGCACAGGAGGGCCGAACAUCUGCCCGUUUCCGCCUAGGAAGUGUUGUUUCUGAUGCUGGAACAGGUAGGAGAAGGCAUUCUGAUGACUUCAAUUCGAGAAAUCAUGUAAAAGGUAGGAGGAGAGGAGAGAAUUAUCAUCGGAAUUAUAGCUCGGAUUGGGGCAGAGAAUAUGGGAGGAGCGGGUGGUGGUCAGAUCGAAAUCAGAUGUCACUUGAUACGGAGGGGGAUGAUGAUUCAAUUUCUGAACAUUAUGAAGAGCAUCAAGUUGGUGAAGAUGUUGAUGGGAAGUUUGGUCAGUGUGGGUCAGCACCAGAAAGUGAGGAAGCAACUGAAAUUGAAUCAGGAGAAGAGUUCAAAGAUGACAUGGGUUCCAAGGAAAAUUCUUUUAUCAUUGAGAAAGAUGAGACUGAUGCGGAACCUUCCAAGGCGUCUGUUGAUUUGGCAAAAUUGAAUUCUGGGAAGGAGAUGGAUUACAAUCAUAGGCAUGAAACUGAGAAACUAAUUAUUUCUGAGGACUCACAUAUCCAGUCCUUUGCAGUGGAUGGUGAUCUCUCUAGCAAGCAUGGAUCUGAUUUACUAACAUUCUGCAAAUUUGUGAAGGUCCCUACUAAAACACGGUCUUCAUUGACGUACAGGGUCCCCAAGGUUGAACAAGUUCCUAACAAGGAAGAGGAAAAUCCAUCUGAUGUUGAGCCUCCCAAAGGAUCUGAAGUCUCAGUUCCAGAUGGCACUCUUGAUUUCUCAAUGGGUGAUUCACUGCCAAAUACAACUAACGAUGCAAAAUGUGAUGUUGAAAUGUCUAAAGUAGUAGUGCCUGUACAUUCUGAUGGGGAUAUUGGAGAAAUAGGCCCCCCAUUUGUUUCUGGCAAGGGUAAAUGCAUGAGGUCUCAAUCCUUUCCAGCUAGGGCUUUUAUGUGUGACAGCAAGCAAGAAUUAAGUCAGGGGAUGGCGAGCUUUGGAAGGUCCAUGUCAGUUAAGGAGAGAGGUGAGAAACGAACUGCUGAAGAUUCUGAUAUGAAUGAGGCAACCAAGAAGCCUAGAGAAUGUUUUCCAUCAUUGGUUAGUACAGCCAAUGACCAGCUUCAUCUCUCUAAUUUUAGUCAAGACCAAGAUAGCUCACAAGCGGGGAAGCCUUCACCUGAUCAUCCAGUAAGUAUUGCUGUCACUCGAGACCGCUCGUUUCAUAGUCAUCAAUUUCAAAACGCAGGUAGUGAACCAAGUUUCGGGUACACACAAGAGAAACAACUUUUUCCGAGUUCGUUUAAGAUCUGUGACCUCAAUUUAAUGGAGGCUGCUGAUAUGAAUGAUUAUCAUUGUAAUGAUCCAAUCCUCGUGUACCCGUCUAUUCCAGCAAGCAAAAAGGAAGCAGCACAGGUUGACAUUGAUUUGUCAAUAAGCAAUGCAAAUAAUGGCAAACAUAUUGAAGUCAUUGAUUUGGAGAAUGAUUCCAACUCAGGAGAUAAGGCUUUUGAUAAUUCACAGCAAGAGGAAACAACAUUUACUGGCACAGAGGUGCUUCCCAAUAAUGCACAGAACGCUGGAGAUAUAACCGAGGUUCCAGAUGGCUAUGAUGGUCUUAUGAUUUCGGAGUUCCUUACCACUUUUUCAAACUGUCCUUCUGCAGCAGAGGACAUCAACCCACUGCAGAAUGAGAUGAGUCUUCAUAAUGGAGAGGGGACUCUUGGUGAUGAUGACUCGAUUUACAUGUCUCUGGGAGAAAUACCAUUAAGCUUCAUACCAGCCUGGGAGCAGCCAACACCACAGGGGUACGGGAAGCCCUUUUAAUCUGCAAGGGAAUGCUAGUUGGUAUGCUUACUGUUGGUAUUGACUAGCUUAAUCCAAAUUCAACCCUGCUUUGUUUUUUAUUUUGAAGUUGCUCGUAAAUGGUGCAAGCAACCGUCUCUUAUAGCAAUUUUAGUAAUGGUGUAUGCUUUCCCACUCAUUUAACAUAUUAGUGAAGUUGUUUACCAUAUUGAUUAGAAA